AUGAAGAUACCGGUCCUUUUACCGUAUACGACUUUGUGGACUGUCAUUGUUCUGACCACUAACUUUUGGAAUUACAUUGAAGGUUCCUGUAAUGUUAACGUACGUUACGAGAGAGACACAGCCUUCGACGGAGUUGUUCCGACGCCUGCAUGGUAUUAUAUAAACUCUGCACCUAAUCUAAGCUUUGCUUCGUGUACACUGGCGUGUUUUCAAAGCGUUUCUUUAUGUGUUGGAUAUCUGUUUAGCUCUCAACUGUUAUCUUGUAAGUUAUUUAAGACCUUUUUGACACAUACUUAUGAAAAUAGAAGUUACGUUGGAGGCGAUUGGGAAUAUCGCAGCAGAUCAGAAAACUUGUCGUUAAAUAAAUCUGUCACGGCCAGUUCCAACUUCAUUGAUCACCAAACAUAUGAUGUGGAAUUAAAAUGGAGCUACCUUGUAGAUGGGAUAACCAAUGCACCCGGAAAAUUUGCAACGUAUUACGAACCGUAUCCCUGGGCCACAAUCGACCUUGCGAGAUAUAGUAUAAUCAAGAACGUGAUUAUUUUCAACCGUGUAGACGAUCAUGGUGAUUGGAUUCAUAACCUAGAGAUAAGAGUGGGAAACUCUUCUGUCUGGACAGAGAUGACUACUUGUGGCACAUACCCAGGGCCCAGUGAGACGGGGGAUAUAAUUGUCGUUGAUUGCAGACCAUCACGUUAUGGAAGAUACGUCACUCUGAAGAUAGUUCAACUGAACUUUAUCACAGAUGACUCGAAUGCUAAUAAUGGCAACAAUGUAUUGGUGCUUGAGGAAGUUGUUGUCAACGGGCUUUACGUUUGAUCAACUUGUGUUACUCUUGAUUUUCUCAAACAUACAUUGAAUUUCAUUAAUUUCAAUUGUGUUUAAUAAACUAUUGUGUUUUAUUUCAAUGAUUCACUGUACAUGUCGUGAGUGGCACACAGUGUCAUUAUUACUAUAUGGUUUUCUGUAUUAAAUCUC